AUGUCCAUAGGGCCGAUACACAACAGGGCCCUACCCACUGCCACCAAACUACAGGACGGGCCAUGUGGUCCUCAGAAGCAUGCCUUAGCCUUGUUGUCAGCCUUGACCAAGAAGAACCUGGGGAUCGCCUCUACUAUCGACGACGAGGACCUCAUGACACUGGUGCUGCGAUGUAUUAAGGAAACAAAGUGCAGACAUGUCUGUGCAGAGGCUACUUGUGUGCUAGCCAAUACCUUCAUGACUCGGAGCCGUGGUCGAUGUCGGGAUCUGAUGGUCCACAUCGCAGAUUACCUAGUGCCCGCCACCAUGGAGAUAGAGCUGUUGCAGGCUUACAGUUUGGCUGGGGACUCACAGAAACUGCCUCUUAUAAGGAACCGACACGAACGCGAAACACAGCUAUGGAAUGGCCUGCACAAACUAUGUCACGUCAUGUGUGACAUCAUAUGUAAGGAAGCCAAGGUGGAUUUAGAUGGGGAUGGUUGUCCACAGAGGAUUGGUCUGACCGCCUCUUCAACGUCUGGCACACCCGCCCCGGGAGUUUCAGUGAUCAGCCAAUGUGUUAGGGUACUGACAAACGUGUGUAUCUGGGCAGCCAGCAAGUCCCGACACGACUUCUACAAGAUAGAUCUUCAUCAUUUUGCACACAUAGAGUCACAGAGGUUGAAGCUGUCCAAACUAAACAGGGUACUCACUCAUUUUAUAUGGGACAUCGCUGGGCGUCUUGUUUCUGCGGUGAUGGCCCAGUUCUCCUCCCAGCUGCGCCGUCUGCUGGUUUUGGCUGACCUUCUGUAUGACACAAAGAUGAGGAUGAAGCAGGAUAUAUCUGGUAGUGUUGUUAAGAAGGGCACCAGUCAGAGGCUGCUCGUGGAGCGUGCUAUCCUCAGAAAUGGAACUGUAGAUCUGUCCAAGAUGUUCGUCAGUGCAGAGAUUCACCUGAUCAAGGUUUGCCUGGACUUUCUGCUGUGUAUGUCUCUGUGUACAUGUAGAGAGUUUCCAAAUCUACAGAAGCAUGAGACCCCACCGGGUAGUGACAGUAACAGAAUCAAUUCUAAUAAUAAAGCCACCACAAAUGGGCGACCACCCAGUGGUGUAUUGUCCAAUGGUCGACCACCAUCCUCCAAGAAAGAAAACGGCUGGGUCAACAAUAACACAGAAAAGUCAAGUAAGGAGCCCAACACAGAGGAUGGAGGUGAGUGUGAUAACGAACCUCAGCAAAAACAGAACACAGAGCAGAACGAGCAAGGCCUGGCCAUGGAGCGAAGGAAUCUCCGCAGAAAUCUGUACGAGGCUGGCGUGUUCUAUUGUGUGACUCCAUUACUUUGCGCCUCGGACCAAUUGUGUCAGGUAAAUAGCCCACCCCAUUCAUUACGAGGUGCAUAACUAUUACAAUUGUAUAUGUGAAUCUGUAGAUAUGUGAUUUGGUUUGACACUUUCUUUAAGUGGUUCAUCAACACAAUAAAGGUCAUGUGAUAGACGAUAGCUUAACAGUGAACCCAGUACUCAAAGUUGAAAUAU